AUGGCCAGCGCAGCCGUGCAGCUCCUGGGCUUCCUGCUCAGCUUCCUGGGCCUGGUGGGCACGCUCAUCACCACCAUCCUGCCGCACUGGCGACGGACGGCGCACGUGGGCACCAACAUCCUGACGGCCGUGUCCUACCUGAAGGGGCUGUGGAUGGAGUGCGUGUGGCACAGCACGGGCAUCUACCAGUGCCAGAUCUACCGCUCGCUGCUGGCGCUGCCCCGCGACCUGCAGGCGUCCCGCGCGCUCAUGGUCAUCUCCUGCCUGCUGUCGGGCGUGGCCUGCGCCUGCGCCGUGGUCGGCAUGAAGUGCACGCGCUGCGCCAAGGGCACCCCUGCCAAGACCACGUUCGCCGUGGUGGGCGGCGUGCUCUUCAUCCUGGCCGGCCUGCUCUGCAUGGUGGCCGUCUCCUGGACCACCAACGACGUGGUGCAGAACUUCUACAACCCGCUGCUGCCCAGCGGCAUGAAGUUCGAGAUCGGGCAGGCCCUGUACCUCGGCUUCAUCUCCUCGUCCCUGUCGCUCAUCGGCGGCACGCUGCUCUGCCUGUCCUGCCAGGACGAGGCGCCCUCCAGGCCCUACCAGGCUCAGCCCCGGGCCGGCACGGCCACCGCGCCCGCCUACCGGCCACCCGACGCCUACAAGGACAAUCGGCCCCCCUCGGCCACCUCGGCCUCGCACAACGGGUACAGGCUGAACGACUAUGUGUGA